AAACCAUUUUAAUUACAUUUUUACAUGCAGGAAUUUCACAAAGAUCUGAGACUCAACCGGCAACCAGACAACUGAGACUUCUAUAUCAUCCUGAAGUGAGGAAAGGGCUAGGGGCCUGGGGCUUCUGGGGUUUUGGGAGGCAACUCACUGGGAGAUGCAAGGAGGAAAUGUUUGGUAAACAAAGGUUGUCCUGUUAAAGUCUCUGGUAAUAGCUCUCUUCCUGCUAGAAAGGUCCCCUUUCUAAUGUAAAUUUCCUUUAUAAUUGCUGACUCCCCCCACAAAUGGGGAAAUUUAUACUUUUUUGGGGGGCAGUUAAGGAGAAGCUAAAGGGGUUUUCCUGAGUCUACUAGGUCUUGAUUGCCUUCAGCUCAAUAUAAUCUGCAUCCAAAAUGGCAUAUUUUGGGAUGGCAUGUUCUGAACCUGUUCAGGAUGUAAAAUAAAUUCUCCCAAGUUGCACGGAUAGGUGACCAAGGCUGUGUUGUAACUUGGGUGUAGUAUAUCCAUCUCUCCCAGAGCCUACGCCCUUUCCUUUGCCCCAGGUGGGGUGAAUGGAAAGUAGGUGGGAUGUGUGGGUGGUGGUGCCCAGUGGGUGGGAGUAGAUAGGGCACAAUGAUAAAAGCGUGAGAAUGAAAGAUUGGGGUUAGGAGAGGGUAAUUCUGUGCUUGACUGCAAUAUGGUAGUGGGUAGGACCACUUGAAAUAAAUCCAGGGUUUUGUUUUAAGGAAAAAAUAUCUUCUCACCCAUAGCAACUAAUGAUUUCAGGUAAUGACUGUUCUCCUGACCAAGAAAGCUGUUUAGCUUGGCUUCAUUUUUUCCAAGCUUCCAAAUUCUGGAGGAUCAGUGGUCUAGCUGAGCUGAGACGGCUGCAGGCUGGGAAAGGGCUUCUCUUGGCAGCUGGAAUUAAAGGUCAGAAGAGUCACAGAACUUACAGGCUACCAGCAAAGUGAAGACUGAGAUUUUCGGGUAUAUCCACUUCUCACUGCAGAGCCCAGCUUCCUGAAGAAACCCACCUCAGUCCAGUCCUUCAUUCAGGGCCCAAUGGCAGUCGAAGCAGCUCUGGUAGGACUCCGGGCAGAAAUCAACUGUCCCAUCUGUCUGGAUGACCUGAGAGACCCUGUCACCAUCGAAUGUGGGCACAACUUCUGUCGCUCCUGCAUCCAGCAGUCCUGGGCUGAUCUACAGGAUUGGUUCCCUUGCCCUGUGUGCCGUCACCCAUGCCAAGAGACACACUUGAGGAGCAACACCCAGCUGGGAAGGAUGAUUGACAUCGCCAAGCUCCUCCAGGUCACCAGGAGCAAGAAGAAGCGGUGGGAAGGGAGUCGCUUGUGCAAGAAGCAUAGCCAGGUCCUGACCCUCUUCUGUGAGGAGGACCAAGAGGUGUUGUGUCCCCUGUGCACUGAGCCCCCUAACCACCAGGGCCACCAGGUGAGGCCCGUGAAGGAGGCCGCCUCUCAUCACAGGCAAAGGCUCAGCAGUUACAUUGAGCCCCUGAAGAAGCAGGUGGCAGAUGUUCAGAAAUUAAUAAGCAUUCAAAGCAAAAAACCCUUAGAACUGAGAGAGAAGGUAGAAAACCAAAGGCUGGAAUUACUCUCUGAAUUUGAGCACCUGAAGCAGUUUUUAGAACGUGAUCAAGAAGCAAUUCUUUCAAGAUUAGCUAAUGAAGAAAAGGCUAUUGGAAAGAAACUCAGUGCUAAUAUAACUGCAUUUUCAAAGUACAAUUCCACACUCAAAGGUCUACUAAGUAUGGCAAUAGAGAGCAGUAUCCUGCCGGAAGUGGAAUUGCUGUCACAAAUCAAAAGUUUCUAUGAGAACUCUGAGGAGUUGAGCCCAUCAAUGUUCUCAGCCCAGUUAAGGAGGGAAGGCUGCAGUUUUCCUUUCCAGUAUUCUGCUUUGCAGAAAAUUAGAAGGAGAUUUAGAGUAGAUAUAAUUCUAGACCCUGAAACGGCACACCCUAACCUGAUUGUCUCUGAGGAUAAAAAAUGUGUGAGAUAUACAAAGAGAAAACAAGAUGUUCCUGAAUUUCCAAAAAGAUUUACAGUCAACACAGUUGUCCUGGGGUUUCCAUACUUUCAUGCUGGCAGGCAUUUCUGGGAAGUAGAAGUGGGAGACAAAUCCAAAUGGGCUAUCGGGGUUUGCAAAGACUCUCUGUCCACCAGGUCAAGGAGGACCCCAUCAGCCUGUCUGGGGUGCCGGAGGUUUCGGCAGCAGGGAAGCGGCCAUGGCGCCUCAGGAGCCAGCACAAUCCUGCCACUGUCAGAAGGGAAGCCCAGAGCCAUCGGCGUUUUCCUGGACUAUGAGAUGGGGGCGGUCAGUUUUUAUAACAUGACUGACAAAUCUCAUAUCUACACAUUCACUGACACUUUUAAUCGACCUCUUAGGCCUUAUUUCUAUGUAGGACCUGAUUCAAAACCUCUCAGAAUCUGUACAGGAACAGAUUGUGAAUGAAAAGAUUCUAAUAGCCUGGACCAGUUUAAUAAUUUCUUUUUUAAUGGAAGGUGGGUAUUAAUACAACAGUGCGUAUGGUAUAGUAUGACAGUAACUCUAGUCCCUCUUCACAGUUGCCACCCCUCAAGAACAAAGUUUCAUUUUGUUCCAACAACACAGGGCAGAUACUGGUAAGGCCCUCCAAGAUCGGAGCCUCUCCGCCUCUUCUCCCACGUCCUGCCGCACACUUCUGGUUCA